AUGACCGUUCUUGCAGGCGAUGCUGAAGAAAGUCGAUUCAGGGGCCGUACAGCUCGCGCUCGACUAACGACCCAAGAACGCAAUGCUGAUCAGUCCGCGGGCCCCAGCCAACCAACUGAAGAAAGUGACCAUAUGGAAGGGGUCAAGUUCUGGCUUCUGAUGCUCACACUAGCGGGGGUUCUCGUCCUUUCCAGCAUAGACAUGAAUAUUAUCGCUACAGCAGUGCCCAGCAUCACAGACCACUUUCACACCGUGGCAGACGUAGGCUGGUACUCCUCUGCUUUCAGACUUUGCCAGUGCUCGUUCCAAUUCGCAUUUGGAAAGGCAUACAAGCUUUUCUCCAUCAAGCGCAUCUUCUUGCUUGCAAAUGUCGUCUCGAUAGGAGGAUCACUGGUUUGCGGUGCGGCUAACACAUCGCGCAUGCUUAUCGCGGGCAGGGCCGUGGCUGGGGUGGGCUCGGCUGGUCUCAUAUCGGGGUGCUUUGUGAUCCUGGUGAGGACGACACCGCUGCGGCGACGACCUAUGUUUACUGGCAUGAUGGGUGCUGUGGAAGGAGUCUCUACGCUCGCUGCACCACUUCUCGGCGGCGUCCUCGUGCAGUCUCUUGGCUGGCGAUGGUGCUUUUACAUAAAUGCGCCCACCGGGGCUAUCACUCUGCUUCUCACAUUUUUCUGCUUGCCAGAUCUGUCGAAGUCCCAGGACGUUGUCAACAUGGGAGUGAAGGAGAAGCUGUCACAGCUUGACUUGCUUAGCAACACUCUUCUCAUCCCGGCCUUGACUGCUCUCUUCAUCGCGUUUUCAUGGGCAGGGACUAAAUAUCCAUGGAAUACUGCACCUGUGAUAGUGCCUCUUGUGGCGUUUGCUUUUCUCAUGGCUGCCUUCAUAUACAAUCAGGUCCGCCGAGGCGCUGCUGCUACACUGCCUCCCCAUAUCAUGAGACGUCGAAGUGUUCUCGCGGGAUUUAUUUUUGUCGUAGCCAGCAACAGCACUGGCAAUGUCCUGGAAUACUACUUGCCUACAUAUUACCAAGUGGUCCGUGGAUAUUCGCCGGCUGAAAGCGGCUACAUGAUGCUGCCUUUUGUCAUUGCUGCUACUGUCGGGGCUCUAAUGCAUGGCUUUGGUACAAGCAUUUUUGGCUAUUACACACCGUUCAUGCUUUUUGGCUCCGUAAUGAUGCCCAUUGCAGCGGGUCUGAUGACUACGGUGAAAGCCAACACUACUCUUACACAAGUGAUUGUGUACACGACGCUCUCUGGCCUCGGCUACGGAAUCGGGUUCUCAGGGCCACAGAAUGCAGUGCAAACAGUGCUUCCCACAGAGGACAUACCAAUCGGUACCUCAAUCUUGCUAUUUGCUCAGGCAUUUGGUCCUGCAGUGACUAUUGCGAUCGCGCAGGUCUUAUUCAUCGAGCAGCUAGUAGCCAAUCUGAGUGACCUAGUGCCUGGGCUGAGCGGGGCGAAUAUCGAGAAUUUAGGCCUCAAUCAACUCAUGGAAAAUGUUACACCACCUAAUUCUGAGGCAGCCUCCUCCGCGAUCGAUACGAGUCUCACUCACACCUGGUAUUUGGCGAUUGGGCUGGCUUGCAUGACUAUGGUGGGCAGUUUGUUGAUAGAAUGGAAGUCUGUCAAGUCAAGACGGGACUAG